AUGCGGUUUAAAGAUGAUCCUUAUACUCUCUUCCAUGGUUUCAUCUCGAAUCUUACACUAUCCAUUGGAGAUCACGUCUUUAAGGCUGAUUUCCAUAUAUUAGAGAUGAAACACGACCCUGACAAGCCAUUGAGUUUUGGUUCAUCAUUCCUUGAAGCCAAUGGAGCAAUCUUGGAUCUUCAGAAGCAAAGAAUCUCUCUCUCCAAAAUCAGUAAAGCCAUGUCCUAUCCGGCGGUUCCUAUCAAGAGCUCUCAUUCUGCAGAUGAAAUUGCCAUACCGGCAAAGGCAAACUGCAUUAAGGUUUCAAGUGUCUUAAGCAAGAUUUUGACACCAAGGGAGUACAAGGAGGACGUGAUUGAUGCCACACCACAGCCUAUAAGAACUUCAAGAUGCUUCUCUAAGUUCAGCUUUGAUUUCCAGAAUAAGGAAAACAAAGAACCCUUCAAGGAUGGGCUGCACAAGAAGAGGAAACUCUUUACUGGUGGUAUUGUUUCUUGCAACUACAUUCAAGACCUUCAAGAUAUCCAUAGGAGGAGUUUCAAACCGUCAGGUCCAGAAUGUAGAGAAGCUAAAGGAGCCUCAACUCUUCUAUUUGAUCAAUUGGUCAAUUAG